AUGAUCACACCUGAACGCGUGGCCAAUGCGGCUGCAAACAUGAAGAUCGUUCAUUCGGCCUCUGAUCUGGACUGCUCCGCAUUGUUGGAAGAAAAGAAAUCCGUCGAUACAGUCGAUAUGGUGGUUUCCUCUUUCAAGGAAUCCUUUGCUAUUGAACAGCUUGGUCAGAAGCCACCUGUGUAUCAGCACAAGAUAUCCAAUGCCCCUGGAUCCAAGUUCCUCCCUGAAAAGGGACGCUAUGUACUGUAUGCUUCGAGAGCUUGCCCCGAAUCCCAUCGAGCUCUCCUCGUUCGCACCCUGAAGGGAUUGGAAGAGGUUAUCUCUGUCAAGUAUGUGCACCCUCAAGCUGGUAACAAUCUGCUGCGAAAGUGGGUCGUCGACCAUGACAUUUUGGACGAUUCCAUGGCCAGUUUGAAGAGUGACGAAGGGGAAUUUGCCACUGUUGCUGACAUCUACAAGAAGGAAAAGGAUUCCGUUAGCAACACCAUUCCUCUUUUGUAUGACCAAGAACACCAUUGCAUUGUCAAUAAUAAUGCAAAUGAUAUCGUUGCCAUGCUCAACUCAUGCUUCAUCCAGUUUUGCAAGAAUCCCCAGGUGGAUCUGUUUCCUGAACUACCCAACCUGCAACAGUUGCAAGCGUGGUUGUACCCAUUGCUGCAAUUGGCUCCGUCCAGCUUGCCACCGUAUCAUUACAAUGUGUCUCCUCUUGAAUUGGAGUACGCCUUUCGCCGGGCCACCAGCAUCCUUCAAAAGCAACGAUACCUCUCCAGUCACACUACCAUGACGGAAGCGGAUCUUCGCCUGUUCGUGGCAUUGGUACGAUACGAUGCCGUCUAUUCCAAGUAUCUCGAGUGUCCUCCCCAGCUGCUACACAACGCCGCUUUGUUGGAUUACUGUCGCGACAUCUAUCAACUCCCAGGUGUUGCAGAGACGGUCCGAAUGGACGAGAUCAGGGCUCAUUUCCUGGGGGGUAAACGACUGCCUGUGGCAAACAUUCAAGAAUCCUUGGUGGAACAGCUCGAGGUGCCACACAAGCGGGAUCAGUUGUAA